UGGCAAAAAAGAUUGUAGAAAAAAAACCGACAAUUAAACUCGCAAAGAAGAAGGAUCCAGUAGAAGAAAGUGAUAUGGAAGAUAGUGGUAGUGAUAUGGAAGCUGAUGUGGAGUCAUCGGAUGAUGAUAUGAAUAACAGUAGCAGUGAUGAUAUGGAUCUCGAUGAUACUACUGAGCAAACAAAGAAAAGUGGGUCAGCUACAGCAUUCUCGGAAGCUAUGACAAAUAUUCUCGGUAGUACAUUGACAGGUAGCGAUCGAAAACAACCCAUUCUAGCACGGUCCAAAGGAACAGAACGCAAAUUGGAGGAUGAAAAAUUGGAAUAUAAGACUCGAAAGAUGUUGGCGGCUGAAAAGAAAAAAAGAAAGGAUCAAGGGCGUGUGAUUCCUGAUUAUACCUCUUUUGAAUAUGAAAAACGAUUACGCAAAGUAUCAACUCGUGGUGUGGUCAAAUUAUUCAAUGCUAUUCGUACUCAACAAAGAGUUACUCAAGAAGCAGUAGAACAAGCAACAGCAACAAGAGGCACACAAAUUGCAAAAGAAAAGGCUAAAAAUGUAUCUACCAUGUCAAAAUCAAGUUUCUUGGAUCUGUUGAAAACAGGAAAUACCACUACAUAGGGUAAUCUUCAUAAUUGCCCUACAUUGACAAUAUUAUAGUUUGCAGACUCUUUCUUUUUUUUUUCUUUUUCUUUUUAUUGUACCAUAUUCCAUUCAUUUCAUUAUUAUCAUUAUUAUUAUUAUUUUCAAUAAAUCAUGGCAUCCAUUCUCAUCAAAAA